AUGGCGAUAAAAAAUCAUCUGAAUAUACGGAUAAAAGAAAAGGCUGUUAGGAAGUUUAUUAACAAGCUUAAAUGCAAGACACACUACCCUCGUGAGUCUUCUAGAAUGUACUUAUCUUUAGACCUGUACAUCAAAAAGCUUUAUAAAAUAUAUUGUGAACCACCAUCAAAAGAUAAGGAAGUAAAUGCUUCAACGAGCAAUAUUAGUGAUACCAUCGAGUUACAAGAACACCAACACGCAGACGAUAAUGGUAACGUUGUCGUAAGCGAUUUAUUGGAAAUUGACAAAGAAACUUCUCAACAAAGUAAAGCCCCACCAUUUCCUUGUGAUCUAGCAGACUGGCCUCAAAAUAUAAGCUCGAAAUUUCAAGAAUAUUUUCUUAAAAACAGACCUGAACAAAAUAUUGACAAAAUAAGUGGGUGUUUAAAACAAUUGGAUGGUAAAAAAUCUAGAUGCUUACAAAGUUCAACAUUCUAUAAAUUUAAAGAAAAUGGCGAAAAAGCCCUUCGUGAGUGGUUGGUUUACAGUCCCAAAUCUGGCUGUGUUUAUUGUUAUGUUUGCAAACUUUUUUCGAAAAAAGAUCUCAAGCUUACUGCCGAUGGGUACACUGACUUAAAAAAACACGAAAGGUCAUCUGAACACAUAACCUCCAUCAGCAAAAUGAUUAAUAGAAGUCGAAUAGAGGGAAGGAUAGAUGCAGAAAUCGAAAAAAGUUACUUGCAGGAACAAAACUACUGGAAAAAUGUUUUAGCUCGUUGGAAUUUCUUAGUGAGUUUCACCCGUUUUUGGCCGGAAUAUGGUAACAUUGGAAGUGGGCAUAUUAAUUUUUUUUCUUCAACCAUUUGCAAUGAGUUUAUUCACCUUCUUGCAAAUGAGGUAAAAAAUAAUAUUAUCACAGAAUUGCAAGUGGCAAAAUACUUUUCCAUUAUCGUCGAUUCAACGACUGAUAUUUCUCAUAUCGAUCAAUUAACUGUCAUUAUAAGAUAUGUUUUACCUAAUGGUCAUCCAGUAGAAAGGUUUUUAGGUUUUGUGGAAAUAAUUUCUCAUACUGCAGAAAGUCUAUCAAAUGUUUUACAAACCAAAUUAAGUGACCUUAAUAUCAAUAUCAAUUACUGCAGAGGCCAAAGUUAUGAUAACGCAUCCAAUAUGUCCGGAAAAUAUAACGGAUUGCAGGCAAAAAUAAAAGAAAAGACAAAUAAUGCACAUUUUGUACCAUGUUCCAGUCAUUCUUUAAACUUGGUCGGUAAUAGUGCUGCCGAAAGUUGUUUACAAGCUUCUGGAUAUUUUGAAAAUAAAAUAUGUGAUACAAGAUGGUCAGCACGAGCUGAUGCUAUUAAAUCUAUUGCGCUUGGUUUUAGUGAAAUAAAAGACGCGUUAGUAGAGCUAAAUGAAGAUACAAACCAAAAAAACUCUACCAGAACAGAAGCUGGAGAUUUACUUAACAAAAUGAAUACAUUUGAAUUUGCUUUGAUGACCUCAAUUUGGAAAAAAAUCCUAGACAGAAUAAACUCCACAAGUAAAUCUCUACAAAAUAAUCAAGCCAAUCUAACUGCGACCUGUACACUUUAUAGCGGAUUGAUCGAAUUUGUCGAGAGUUUUAGAGAACAGUUUGAUGAAAUUGAAGAGGAAUCCAAAAAAAUUCAGCCAAAUAAUAAUGCUUGUAAGGAUGAAAUUUCAAGAGUUUGUAAGAGGAACAAGUUCUUUGAUGAAGGCCCUGCACAAGACAUUACUUUAAGCGGUGCUGAAAACUUUAAAAUAAAUAGUUUUUUUCCUAUAUGUGACAAAUUGAUUUUUGAAUUAAAAAUGAGAAUUCAAGCGUAUGAUUGUGUAAAUGAAAUUUUUGGUGUAUUUUUUGUUGAACCCUCAAAUGAAAGAUUUAAUGUAAAUUUAGUGGAUGAAAUUAUACAAUUUAAAGCACUUUGUAAAUCAAAUGAUAUUUCCUCUAAAGACCCACAGGAAAUGUUAAAAUUUUUAAUUGAUAACAAUAUUUUGUCAACCUUCUCUAACGUUGAGGUAUUGUUCCGUAUAUAUUUAACUAUUCCUAUUAGUAACGCAUCUGGAGAGAGAUCAUUUUCUACGUUAAAACGGGUAAAAACCUAUCUAAGAAACUCAUUAAACGAAAAAAAUGUUUCAUCGUUGGCUAUUCUAAACGUAGAAAGCGAUAUUCUAGAAAAAUUAGAAAUAAAUGGUAUCAUAGAUAAGUUUUCGGAAAUGAAAAUACAUGCAGAUAUUUCAACUGUGGAUUCUGGAAUAAAAAGAACUGCCAAUACUACUCUAUAUGUUCCACAUAAGAUAAAAGCAAAUGAGAGGGAUUCCGUAUGGUUUUAUUUUCUCACUGAAAAAGAUAUAUCUACUAUCCACUAUAGUGGACAAACAGCAAAAUGUAGGCGCUGUCAAGCAAUCUUGAAAACAAAGAGAGGCUCAACCAAAGGUUUAAUAACUCAUUUAAAAGUCCAUAAAAUCGAUCUUUUGGAUAAACGUCUUAACGAAUCGCCAGAUGGCCAGAGUGCUGGGACAAGUAAAAUGAUCGAAGUUGUUGGACUUGUAAGAUUAAAAAAUUCUUUGACGGCUACAGCGAUUUUGGAAUAUUUGCAAAAACGACUCCUGGCUUUCCAAUUAAACCUGUCGAAAGAUAUUGUGGCUGUUACAACAGACGGAGCCAGCACUAUGGUUAAAGUUGGCAAAUUGAUUACACUUAUGCAACAGUUGUGCUUUGCACACGGUAUUCAGCUGGCUGUCAUCGAUGUCCUCUAUAAAAAAGAUGGACCUGUGCCUCCUCCAACUUCUACAACAUAUUUCAAGGAGGAUCCUAACUUUAGCGACAGCGGAGCCGAAAUUGAGUACGAAGACUGCGAAGAAACUGGAAACAUGGACAUGAAUUACAGGAUAGAAGUGUCUGAAAACAAUGACUUUUUAGAAAUGUCGAAUGAUCAUGACCUCUACAUAUUGAUAUCAAGAGUUAGUAAAACUAUUCGCAUGUUUAGAAAAUCGCCAACAAAAAAUUAUUUACUACAAAAGCAAAUUAGGAACGAUCAUGGGAAAGAAUUAAAACUUAUAAUAGAUUGUAAAACCAGAUGGAGCAGCAUGCUUGAUAUGCUUGACCGCUUUAACUUCUUAAAGAAUUCCAUAAAAAAAACCCUAAUUGACCUAAACAUGUUACCAAUUUUGGAAUGGCAAACUAUUAAAAGCGUUGUAAAAGUGCUCCAGCCAAUAAAAUUAAUAGUCGAAGCCUUAUGCCGAUGCGACAUAGAUUUAUAUAAAGCGGAUGUUGCAUUAAAAUUCAUGUUGAAAGAACUAUCCAAAAUUAAAAUACCACUCAGCACAGAUCUACAAGACUCGUUAAGAAAAAGGAUUAAGCAACGCAGAACCAUUUAUUCUGAUAUUGUCAGCUUUCUCACAAAUACCGACUCUUUAAACUCUGAACCAGAUUGCUUCAAAACAUCAAAUAUUUCUCUAAUUAAAUCUGAACUAGAAAAACUUUUAAUCAGGCUAGACAAUAAAGAUGCAUCCGAAAGAGAGACCAGCAACGACAGCGACGAGGAUCAGAUUUCCAUUGCAGAAAUUCUGAGGAGAGCCGAAAAUGAACCAUUAAAGGUUAAGCUGCAGAAGGCAUUACAACAAUGUUCAGAGCCAAUGCAAAAGGAGACAAAAAAUAGUAAUAAGCCAUUGCCUGACAUAGUUACUAAAGAAAUUAAUUUAUUUGCAAAUGGUGGUACUCAAUCUUCAAAAGGCCUUUGA